CGGAAAGCAUGUGUCCAAUAAGUUUUACAGUUUCUAUAUUUUACAUUCACAUUUAAUUGUUUAAAUGUAAUUAUAUCGACGUACAAUUGAUAGCAGUUUUUAAUUACAUAAACAGUAAAUAUCUAAUCACCAGUGACGUAAACAUGAAGCGUUAGAGUAUAAUCUGCUUCAAUUGGCAAAUAUCAAACAAUGCUUCUUUCAUAUUUUGCCCAGAUUCAGAAGAGUUUACGGCCAAAAAGAGAAGCAAAACUCGCAAUGGUGCGAUACAAAACAAGAAGUGGCACAAGGAAUCAGUUUGUUGGUGGAACCAUAGGAAAACAUGCAUUAUAUAUGUAGAAGUGAAAAAUCGCAAAUCCACACUUCUGUUCAUUAAAUAAAGCUUAAACAACGGACCCUUUAAAAUUUUAUCAGUAUUACGGCAUAUCCUUGAAAAAUACGAUGAUAUUUAUAACCCUCAAGCUACCCAGAAAGACCGAUUCGAUGAAGCCCAUACUCCCAAGACGUUUUGGCCUAUUCUCGAAUCCAAAGUUGCACUGGUGGUUCAUAAAGAUUGAUGACCAGAAUCUAACCGGAAUUUUUCCAGAUGACAAACAAACAAAACGGGUUAAUGAAUCCUCUUUUGAUCAUCAACAGAGAUGUUUCUAUCAUAUGUUUGCUUUUAAGAAGCUGUGUAUCCAAUGUUGUGAAAACCUCCAAGCACCUCCUGAACAAAAAAGAAAAAUGUGUCUUAACGGAUUGUAUACCGAUGGCUACCCGUGCAUAAUUCUAUUUGCUAGAAAAGUGCUUGCAUCAUCACCAGAGAACAAAACCUGUCUAGACUUGAACGAUCUUUUGAGCGAAGAGGUGAAUAAGUAUUUUCAACCAUGCACUGUCGAUCCAGGAAGAUGGGACUCUUAUAUCUCUUAUCACGGUGGUACUGACAUACGCCGCUUGUCUGCAAUCGAAUAUUACAAUAUGGGUGGAACUGUAACACGAAUGAAGGAGCAAAGAUAG